AUAGACAGAGCUGUCUUGAUUAGAGAGAACAAUUAAAGCCUUUGUGCUCUGUACUUCUGCAUUUGCUCCUUUAUGUCGCCCCCCUCCUAUCAGCAUGCAGCUCAAACUUCAGUGUCCAUGCUCAGUAAGGCCUCUGUACAGAGACAGAAUAGGGACUAUGCAGCCUCUCUCCUCCCCUUUCUUCUGCUCUCUGCCUCCCUCACACUCUGUAACUAGUUUGCGUCCCCUGACAGGGAGCCUGACGUCACAGGUGGCUGCACAAACCUCCCUGCGGCGCUUUAUGCAGCAAGAUCAGUUUAGGAAUUGAAAGUUGAGGGAGGAGGCAUCAGGUGUGCACGCAAGGGAAGAGAGGGGAGUAGAGUAACAGCGGAAGGAUGAAUGAGAGCUGCAGCGCUGGACAUGUGAUAAGAGGAGCACGAACUGUGCUGCAUCUGUAACAGCAUGUCAAGAUCACAUAUAAGGACUGCCUUAUGACGGAGAUUGACUUGCAUUUAUGGUCUGGAGCUGGAUGGACAGCAGGGCAAAAAGGGCUUCUACUAGUUACUCUCUGGAUGAAUGCAUAAAGGUCAAUUUUGAUCCGGCCGGACCAUGACUGGCAAGCAGGGGAGGAAUGGAAGGUCAAUGUGCAAAGGCCUCAUCCUGGGAGCGCUCCUGACCAGCAGCAUGAUCCUUAUUUACUGCCUCUCUAAUCCACACAUCCACCUCAGUGUGCCAGAUGUCCCAGUACCUUACUCCUGUGCCCACCGGCCAUCCCAGCCGCAGCCCAAGCCAUCCAACACUUCCCAUAAAUCCACCAGCCAGUCCUGCCCUCCGAAAGUUGACAUCAUGUUCAUGAAGACCCACAAAACAGCCAGCAGCACCUUGCUCAACAUACUUUUCCGUUUCGGAGAGAAACAUCGACUCAAGUUUGCCUUCCCAGAUGGCAGGAACGACUUCUUCUAUCCAUCCCUGUUCCAGCGUUCCCAGGUUAAAGAUUACAGACCAGGAAUGUGCUUCAACAUUGUCUGCAACCACAUGCGUUUCAAUGCUCCUGAAGUGGCCAAGCUGCUGCCCACAGACACAUCCUACAUCACUAUCCUGCGAGACCCAGCACAGCUUUUUGAGUCGUCGUUCCACUACUUUGGCCGACUGGUGCCGUUCACCUGGAAGAUCCCAGGAGAGGAUAAGAUAACAGAGUUCCUGCUCAACCCUCAAAGCUACUUUGAUCCAGAGGGCUUCAAUUCGUUCUACCUCAAAAAUCUGCUGUUCUUUGACUUUGGACAGGACAACACCCUGGAGAUCAACGAUCCGCGGGUGGACGAGGGAAUCAAGUUUAUCUCUGAGCAUUUUCAUCUGGUCAUGUUGGUGGAAUACUUUGAGGAGUCGCUGAUCCUGCUCAAGGAAGCUCUCUGCUGGGAGAUGGAUGACUUGUUGUUCUUCAAGCUCAACGCUCGCAAAGGAUCCACUGUGUCUAAACUCAGCCCCGAGCUGAGGGCCAAGGCCCUCGAGUGGAAUGCCAUCGACUGGAAGCUAUACCAACAUUUCAACCGAACAUUUUGGAACAAAGUCGACACCUACGGGCCGGAACGCAUGGCUAAGGAUGUGGCAGAACUCAGAAGGAGGAACCAAGAGAUGGCAUCCAUCUGCAUCGAGGGAGGGCGCGCUGUGGAAGCCAGCAGCAUCCACGAGACAGACAUGCAGCCCUGGCAGCCAAUCGGAGAGAAGUCAAUCUUGGGCUAUAACUUAAAGAAAAACGUGGACAAAGCACAUCAGAAGCUGUGCCGUAAGAUGUUAAUGCCAGAGAUUCAGUACCUAACAGAACUUGGGGUGAACUUGUGGAUUACCAAAGUUUGGGGCCAUGUUCGAGAUAUCAUCAACUGGUAACUUUGAGCAAGACCGGCAACGCUGAUAUUAGUAGAAUGUUUUAAAGGAAACUAAAGUGUGUGACUGGUGGGAGGACAGGGUGAAAACUCUCGCUUUUGGUUUUUAACUAAAAAGCAUGUUGGCUUCAAAAGACUGUGCUGUAAUUCACCCGAUGGGUGCUUUAAAAAGUGUUCACUUCACAAUCGACAAACACUUUUACCCGAUACACCAGAAAUGUAGUAUUAUUCUUCUCUGUGAGUUGAUUUUAAGGUGUUCGAAUGCUUGAAUGUUUUUAUGAAAUGCUUCUGCAAACUGCGAGGUUAAUUCUCUAAGAUCUUUGAUGAAAUCGGUCCUAACCAUUUCCAUCCCUGCAUUUUUUUAGACUGUCUGAAAACAGCAGAUGAAUUGUAAUUAAUCAUGAACGCAUUAAACUCCAACUCUUUGGUGUUCAGCCUUUUAAGUGGAAGAUUUUAUUUUGAAAUUAACUAUAAAGUGAAGUGUUGUGACAAAUGGUGGAACGUAGGACAAGUAUUGCAUCUUAUUUCACUGUUUAUGGAAAGCAAAUUUCCCCAAGAUGUGCAUAGAAUUUUCCGUAACACUUCAAAAAUAUUUUUAUGUUUCAUGACAAAAAACAUUUUUAUUUUUCCACAUGAACAAAAAAGCUAUACUGGGGUUGCUCAUAACUUUUUAGCUUUCUUGGAAUUAUCAGUUGUCAGAAGACAAAAAAUUGACUUAAUUUUGAUAAGUAAUCUACUAUCCACCAUUUAUCGCUCAUAUGAGAAAAUCAUAUUAAAAAACAUAUAUAGAUUUGAGCCAUCAAGAACAAACUAUAUGUUUUAUUCUUUUGAAAUUAUUUGUUUUGCUUUUAAAUGAAAUGUUUGCCUUUGUAAUAAUUUGCAGUCCUAGCCCAUUUCUGUUUUCUGCCUGUAUCAUAACGGUAAGCAUUAACACUUCCUGCAUGCAAUUGUUUCAACAAUUAAUAAUGUGUUCCUUCCUGUCAGCUCUGCAGUAAACUGUUUGCUUGAUGCUCACUAACAGUGUUAAACACGUGUUUAUCAGUACAGUAUGCGUAGCUUUGCAUUGAUGACCUGCAGCAACAAAAGAGAUUCAGCCAAAUAAAAAGAAGAUAUUUUUCUUA